UAGUCUGAUUCUAACCGAUCGAGUAUAAACAGGUGCAAAAGUGUUGUUACCUACCUUGCGAACAAUGCCCUUGAACUUGUAGUGGGGCAAAAAGUGCGAUAGAUUCGCCUUGUGUUUUCUUCUGCAUUGUUUGGUCGUAAAGUUUACAGUUUGACUAGUGUACCACAACAUGUUAUGUCUUGUGAUCACUUAGAACCAACCCAGUGUAAGUAAGGUCACUAACCAGCACUCAGUGGAGACGUUUAAUUGGUUGAAGCGACAUCACUAGUUCUGUUCUGCAAAAUCGGACUGUUACUGUUUUCACUCAAAUCCACAAGUAUUGGCCAAUUGCGCUACGGUUUUAUCAAUGAAACCGUACACCGUGCUUUCAACAACCUUUAUCAUCGUUGUUCAAAGAUAAGGGGACUUCGUGAAGAUAGCUCAGUGCAGGUCUGUUUUUGGUGUCUGUUUCUUUCGGCGUGCUAUUCGUAAUUCGAUCGUAAAAGUGAUAAAAUCGCGGUAUUUAAUACUCCCGGGUAAUCCACAGUUACAAGUGGGCUUCGCAUGUUACAAUGGUGUCUUUUCGUUCAAUAAAGCCACAAUCAAUUUUGAUAUGCAUUGUCAUAUUCUGUGCAAUAAUUGUGCUUACAUCUUACCAUCGGGCGAUGAAUGCCCGAAUCGAGUAUCUACAGUUGCAAUUGUUAGAGAGAGAAGGAAUACGCGUGGAACUUGUGCAACAAAUUUCAACCGACAAACCCCGUAUAGCCGUGGCUGCUUCUACACACGUGAACACCACGGACUACCCGCCACCCAAUGAGGGACCUCCGCCUCCGGGAGACAUGGGCGCUCCAGUUUACAUUCCGUCCGAUGCUCCAAUGGGAGUUCGCGAGGUUAUGGAGCGGCAAUUCAAGACGUUUGCGCUGAACGAGUACGCCAGUUCGUUGAUAUCCGUCCAUCGACGGCUGCCCGAUUACAGAGAUCCCUGGUGCAAGGAAAAGGGUCGACUGUUGGAGCAGCUGCCGACCACUACGGUGGUCAUUGUGUUCUUCAACGAGCCGUGGUCGGUGUUGGUGAGGACGGUAUAUUCGGUGUUGGACCGUUCGCCUCCGGAACUGAUCAAGGAAGUAAUACUGGUGGAUGAUUGCUCCUUUAUGCCCCACACGAAAACCCAACUGGAGGAAUACUUUGCCAAAGAGCAGAAAGUUCGUAUACUGCGAUCCGCCAAGCGCUUGGGAUUGGUCAAAGCACGCCUACUCGGAGCGCGCAACGCCACCACAGAAGUGCUGACUUUCCUGGACGCUCACUGCGAAUGCACAACCGGGUGGCUCGAACCUCAACUUGAUCGAGUAGCCCGGAAUCCUACCACCGUUGCCAUACCAACGAUCGACUGGGUCGAUGAGCACAACCUGGCGUUCAUAGCGAACAAGUCGCAAACCUUCUACGGUGCCUGCGAUUGGGCGCUGCAGUUCGGCUGGCGUGGACGAUGGGACCGGAAAGUUCAACCGAAGAACAAGCUCGAACCGUUCCCCGUUCCCAUCAUGGCCGGAGGUCUGUUUUCCAUCAGUACGAGCUUCUUCGCCCAUCUGGGGUGGUACGAUGAAGGGUUGGGACUUUACGGCGGCGAGAACGUCGAGCUGUCGGUGAAGGCAUGGAUGUGUGGCGGUCGAUUGGAAACGGUGCCUUGCUCAAGGGUAGGUCACAUUCAGAAGGCCGGUCAUCCGUACUUGAAUGGGGUGAAGACCGACUGGGUAAGAGUUGGAUCGGUGCGAGUAGCGGAAGUGUGGCUGGAUCAAUAUGCCCAGGUGGUGCACGACAUGUUUGGAGGUCCGGAGUUUCGAGGAGACUUUGGAGACGUUUCCGAAAGAAAGAAGUUCCGAGAAAGUCUCAACUGCAAGCCAUUCAAGUGGUACUUGGAAAAUGCUUUUCCUGAGCUGGAAGACCCCAUUGGAUUUGGAGUGGGACAUGGAAAGUUUACCAACGUCGGAGUCGGCAAAGCUUAUUGCAUACGAUAUCGGAAAGCAGGGUACACGUUCAGAAUGGAACCGUGUACGGACGAGGACUAUCAACACUGGGUUCACAAUAUGUUGGGCGAGAUAAGCACCCAGAACAUCUGUCUGGAUUACGAUGGAAACGUGCUGCUGAUGUUCGAGUGCCACAAAGGACAAGGCAACCAAGAGUGGCGGUAUUCAAAGGCGACCAAGCAGUUCAAAAGUGUGAAACAUAACAAAUGUUUGUCGGUUGGACCCACUCCGGAGUUGAAUCUGAUUGCGGAGACGUGCGAUGCGGAGAAAGAAUCUCAAAAGUGGGAGUAUCCAUUCCUGAAAUUGGACUAGGUAGUAAAUCACAGUGGUAUUAGAGGUUUUAAACAAUUCAAAGGUUAUAAAUCAAAAUGUAUAACAAUA